CUUUGAAUCAAGCAUUGUUGCCUACAGUAUUAGCUGGAAACUAGAUAUAUGGAUUAGAGAAAUUCAUGCUAAGCAUUAAUCUAGAGAUUGGAUGUGUGAGUCACUAACUUGACUGUAAAAUUGUGAUAUUUUUGUUCCGUUGCAACGCACGGUCACAAUUUACUAGGUAUACGUUUUGUCCAUUCUGACUUUUACGUUUUCUUGGGGUUCUACGGAAGCACAUGGCGAAUAAACUUCUUUAAAAAAGGAAAGAACGAAUGCGUGGGAGUUGUUCACGCAAGAGAGAAAAGGGGGAGGAGGCGAGAGAAAAGCUGAGAGAGGACGAAGAAAUGACAUGCGCGCGUGGGCGCUACCACCGUGGCGAAAGCAGCCUGUAUCAGAGGCCCCAAGGAUCAAAUUCGCACUGGCCACACUGAUCAUCAUCACAGUGCAAAUUUCUCUCUCUAUCCGCCGACAGGAUUUACCGCAUCUGGUGCCUCGGCCACCUUGGUCCUUGGACUGUUGAGGCAGCAAGCGCAACCAGCCAAUGUAAAGGACAGUGCACAGCCGGGCACCUGGGCGGCGGCGGAAGGAGAGGGAGCCAUGUCAGAGCUUGCGGCGGGCGCCGUGAGCUCACUGCUGUCCGUCAUCCGCAGCGAGGCGCUGCUGCUGGGUGGCGUCCGAGACGACGUGCAGUUUAUCAAGGAGGAGAUGGAGAGCAUGAAGAGCUUCCUGGCGCACCUGGCCAGGUGGGCGCCCCCCGGCGGCGAGCACGACGAGCAGGUGCGCACCUGGAUGAACCAGGUGCGGCUGCUCGCCCAAGACUGCAACAACUGCAUCGACCUCUACCUGUACCGGGGGAACCCCGACGUCCACCGCGCCAGAGGCGGGCUCCGACGCUACCUCUGGUGGGCCACCUGGUUCCUGCACAAGCUGGUCGCGCAGCACCGCGCCGCGGAGCAGCUGCGCCGGCUCAAGGAGAGGGCACGCGACGUCGGGGAGCGGCGGUUGAGGUAUGGCGUGGAGGUCCCGGCCAAGUCAGGGGAGGAGAAAUCGACUCCGACGGCUGGGCUAGCAGUCACGGCGGCAUCUUCGUCAAGGCGGACUGCUGCGCCGGGCGGCUAUGCUGCUGGGGACGGCGACGAGGACGAAGACGGUGACUAUCAACCCGUGGGGGCAAUGGCGACCACCGGCCAGUCUGGUCGAAGAGCCUUCAUUGAGCCACGCACUCUGGACGACUACGCCAAGGCGAAGCUAUGGGAGUGGAUACAUGGAGUUCCUCCCGGCGCCGGCAUAACUCUGUCCAUAGUGGUUGUGGCACCGUACACACAUCAGGACCUCCUCGCUCUUCUACAAGAAAUGUGGGUUUUGCCGCCGCCGGCCCUCGUCUACCACCGCAUCGUCUUGGUUGACAUCCCGGCCGUGCACCCGGACUUUGCGCGGCUACGGCCCAAGGAAGUUCUCUUCUACAUUCUGCGCGAGCUCAAGCUUGCCAAAUCCCAACCCCAGGAGCAAGAGCAACGCACAGAAGGCCAAGUGGAGGAGAAGGAUCUUGACCCCUGGGAAGUCUACAUAAGAAGAUUGCAAAUUUACAGUGAAAAGAAGAAGGCUCUUGCACUUCUUAAAAUCAAGGAGAACAUCAAAGAGAUGAAGGUUUAUGAGAAGCUUGACAAGAUCAAAAGAGAUAUUCAAGGUCGAGUGUUGAGGGGCGAUAGGCUAUCCAAGGGCGACAAGCUGCAGGGGGAGUUUGACCAGCUGGACCUAGACGUGCUCCUUGAGCUGAUGCUCCACGCGGCUGUUGAUGCGUCUCACUCUCAACAAGGCCAAGGGAAGAAAAAAGACAUGCAUAGAUUACCACCGUGGGACAACAACAACAUCAUCGUCAAGAAGCUUAAGGAGCAUAUGGAAGCAGAGGAAAAGGACAAGAAGCUUGAAGAGGAAGACGCAGCAGCCAAGCAUAUGGGGGUGGAACAAGGAGAAGAAGCCGCAGCCAAGCUUAUGGAAGAGGUAGGAGGAGAAGCAACAUGCAAGUAUAUGGAAGAGGGGGGAGGAGAAGUAACCAUACUUACGGAGGACGGCAAAGAAGAAGUAACCAUACAUAGGGAGAAGGGGGAGGAAGAAGGCGGUGGAGGAGAAACAACAAAGCAUCGGGAGGAGGGAGGAGGAGAAAUAACCAUACAUGGGGAGGAGGAAGAAGGAGGACAAACAUCCAAGCAUAUGGAGGGGGAAGGAGGAGGAGGAAUCAAAAGUGAGCAGGCGUCAUGGAUUCACCUCGAUGAGGCACAAUAUGCACAGAUCUUGCGGAAGCUGUUCCCCAAGAGCAGCAGCGGCAGCAGCAGCAAGCCCCUGCAGGCUCAAGACGGCUCGUUGGGCAAACAAGCUACAAAGACCACAACAAAUAUAUUGGGUGAGGAUCAAAUCAAACAAAUGAUCCAUGAUGCAAAGGAAGACAUCUUACGGGAGCUGCAUCAAGGCAAAAAUGACAAUAGUGAAAGGACAGGUGAACCUGGCGUUCCGGAUCAAAGCCCGGAAACUAUUUCUGAAAAAUUCGGCCAGAUGAUUGACAAAAUAAAAGAGGAGUUCAAAGAGCAGCUCAAGAUCAAAGGACUCGUGGAUGAGAUUAAACAUAACUUGAAUUAUGUUCCCAAGUUGAACAAUUAUGAAGGUCCCUUGUUUAUCAUCAAAGUUGAUGAGCUGAUUGAUGUUUCCACAUGGGAGGAUACCAGAAAGGCUAUGAGCCUACUAAACUGCAGCACCGACUUAAUGAUCGUCACCCCCACAAAGGAUAUCGAGCUGGCUAAAGAGUAUUGCUAUCCACCGCGGGAACCUAUAGACUAUUCUCUUGAAGGCCUCUACCAUGAUACAGUGCUCGAGCUUACUAGCCAGCAGAAGAAUGAAGACAACCUCAACCCCCAAAUUUUCCGUGAUAUCUUGUACGAGUGUGAGCCACAUGAAUUCUGCAUGAAGAUCUUCACUCAUGCUUUGUAUGCUAACCCCAAGAGGAGCAAUGAGGAGUUACUCAAGCUGCACAGCACCUUGCGGGCUUUGCCAACAUCAUUCCACAGCAUCGCUAAGGUGAUGUUCAAGUUCUCUUACAAUGAUCUGCCGAAAGAAUACAAGUCAUGCUUGUUGUACCUAGCAAUCUUCGCUACGGGGUACAAGAUUAGACGGUCAACCUUGAUCACGCGGUGGGUUGCCGAAGGGCUGACAUCCAAGGAAGAUUGGCCCAGUUCUGUGCGUCAGGCCAACCGAUGUUUUGACGCACUUGUUGACCGGUGCCUUGUUUAUCCCGCUGAUAUUGGUGCCACGGGAAACGUAAAGAGCUGCGUCAUAGGUGAUCCAGUUCAUGGAUUCAUUACUGCCAUUGCCAGGAAACAACACAUGGUGGAGACACGCCUGUCACAUCACUUGGCUCGCCACUUCUCCAUUUUCAAUGAAAUCCAACUCCGCAGCUCCGACAAAAUUGAUAAAUUCUUCCAGGGGAUCUCUAAAUCACCUCGAGUAUCCCUGCUCAAGGUGCUAGAUCUAGAAGGUUGUCCUUACCUUGUCGGGAAGAACCAGCGGUACCUCAAGGACAUCUGCAGCAAGAUGUUACUGCUCAAGUAUCUGAGCCUAAGGAAAACAUGUAUUACCCAGCUACCUCGUGAAAUCAACAACCUCCGUGAGCUAGAGGUAUUGGAUAUCCGAGAAACUAAGGUGCCUCCACAUGCAACAGCAAAUAUCCUGUUGUUGAAGCUGAAGCGUCUGCUCGCUGGUCACGUUGACCAGAAUACAAGCAAUUUCGGCUCUAGUGGUCAGAUUCCUCGUAGGAUCGACAAAAUGGUUAACAUGGAGGAAAGCAACGCCGGGUGGGUGGGAGAUUCUGGGCACUGGCAGAGGACGAAGACCCUGACGACGAUCCUGGUCUGCAGCUACCGGAGGUGUCAUCGCCAUCUCCAUCAGACCUCGUAUGUGAAUCGUUGCAGCUUGGUUAUACAGAGGAAGAAGUGGCACAGACUAUCGACGUCGUGGUGCCUCCUUCCGAUCGCGCAUGGUCUGGGCUUGGAGAACUCGCCGAGGACAGGGUCGAAGUACUACGACGGAUUGUUCACCGGAGAACAUCGGCUUCUGCGAUAA